AAUAUAUAUUCCUCAGACCCACCCUUUUGCCCUCGCUUUCUCUUUCUGGGUUUCCUUUUGCUAAUAUAGGGCCAUCAUUGCGGUUUCCCGUCUUCCAUUGAUAUUGUUUAUUCAUCAUAAUCUCCAUCCAAGAUCUUCAAUGCCCACCAUCCCCUGUUCUCUCCACCCUCAGAGCUUUUUCCACGGGUCGUCUUCAUUGAUCGAUUCUGUUACCAGCUCACCUGCUUAAAUCAUUGCUGUCUGUCUUCUCGGGUAAAACACCCUCACCGGUGAAAAUCCUCUGUCCCCUUCCCGGGAAAACUAACUGUCACGCUUCUUGUUGGUUGGAUGCACCCUUUGAUGUCUGUCGCUGCACUUUCCAAUCCCCACUGUGUUUCCUUAGCAUUGUUCAUUGCAUCCAAAAACUGAUUUUUUGGGCUUUGCACCGACUCAUCGGUUACAUCUUGAAUCUCGUCUCUUCGAUCCGCAGCCAAGGAAAACCCCUUGGAUUUCAGUUUGGACCUCUGGCCCUAACUAACUAUUUAGUUGUCCUUGUCAUCUUCUCGAUGGCUCCUACAUACUUCCCUCUUCGUUGGGAGAGCACGAGGGACCAGUGGUGGUACGCAUCCCCGAUCGACUGGGCUGCUGCGAAUGGCCACUACGAUCUUGUCCGGGAGCUGCUCAAGAUAGACAACAACCACCUCUUCAAGCUCACCUCUCUCCGCCGGAUCCGCCGCCUCGAGACUGUCUGGGAUGAUGAGGCGCAGUUCCAUGACGUUGCCAGAUUCCGCUUUCAGGUUGCACGAAAGCUCCUGGUGGAAUGUGAAUCCAACAAGGGGAAGAACUCCCUUAUUGGAGCGGGCUAUGGCGGGUGGCUUAUGUACACAGCUGCAUCAGCCGGGGACUUGGGUUUCAUCCAAGAACUGCUGGAGAGGGACCCACUGCUCGUCUUCGGGGAAGGAGAAUACGGGGUGACCGAUAUCUUUUAUGCUGCAGCAAGGAGCAAAAACUGUGAAGUCUUUAGGGUCCUUUACGACUUUGCAGUGUCUCCGAGGUUUAAAGGCGGGGAGUUUGAGGAGGAGCAAGUAGCAGUCCCUUCAAUGUACAGACGGGAGAUGAUGAACAGAGCUGUCCAUGCUGCUGCUAGAGGAGGGAACUUGGUCAUUCUGAAAGAGCUUUUGGGCGAGUGCGAUGAUGUUUUGGGUUAUAGGGAUGUUAAUGGCUCGACGGUCUUGCAUGCAGCGGCUGGGAAAGGGCAGGUUGAGGUAGUGAAGUAUCUGAUGGAAUCCAACGAUCUUCUCAACUCUACAGACAACAAUGGCAACACGGCCUUGCAUCUUGCAGCCCACAAAGGCCAAUUGGCCACAGUUCGAGUCCUAGUUUCUGCUUCUCCCGCGUUGGCCUCCGUCAGAAACAAUGCAGGAGAAACUUUUCUCCACAUGGCCGUCUCGGGCUUCCACAGCCCUGCCUUUCGUAGACUAGAUAGGCAGAUGGAGCUUGUGAAGGCAUUGAUCCAUGGACAGUUCUUCAACAUCGAGGACGUUAUUAAUGUGAGAAGUAAUGAAGGGCGCACCCCGCUUCAUGUGGCCAUUGUAGGGAACCUACAUGCCGAGCUGGCAGAGCUCCUCAUGACUGUGCGAUCGAUUAAUGUGAAUGUCCGAGAUAAUGAUGGAAUGACCCCUCUCGAUCUGCUUAAGCAACGGCCAAAAUCUGCUUCUUCAGAUAUACUGAUUCGGCAUUUGAUUUCUGCCGGAGCUAUGUUCGGCAUUGAAAGUAAAGAUUCCUCCGCGAGAAAGGCCAUUGCAUCCCACUUAAGGAUGCAGAGUUGUGGGGGAAGUAGCCCUGGGACGAACUUCGGAGUUUCUGACAGCGAGAUUCUCUUGUACACAGGAAUUGAGAACCCUUCACCAUUCGAUGGGAGUGAUCCGGGGUCGUCAUUCGACUCAACAAAUGACAACUCAUGCUCCAAUAAGAAGUCAAAUUCGGUUAUCAGGAAGGUUUUUCAGUGGCCUCGGACAAAAGAGAAGAGCUUGAAGAAGCCGGGAAGUAAUGAAGAAAUUCCGACUCCAGUCCCGCUAAGGCAGAGAUUCUCGAAGCCUUCAUAUGCUCUUCCGAGCCACAAGCGGACGCUUUCUGUGAGGAGCGAUAUCUCAAGCCCAACCAACAGGAAGAAGUUGGCCACGGGAAUAAGGCAAGGUGUUAUAGAGUCUCUGCCUCAUCUGAACCUCCCAAGGCGGAGGACUCCUUCGAGCUCAUUCUCGAGAUCAUCUGUCUCGUCUACUCCAACAUCAGUUGACAAGCAGAAGGGGUUGAUUUUCUUUGAUCAGGAUUUUGCCGGUCCGUCCUACUCUAACAGCGUCCGGGUCCAGGACGAUGACACGCCAAAGCUGGACCCUAAGCGCGUGUCUUUCGGGAAGAGGCUGAGGGCCCAGUACUUCUGCUUCGGCGGCCCCAGCCUGUCCAUCAAGAAGCCCGUGAGCAGGGAUCACGUGAACCCGGGUUACAAGUGCCCUGUACCUUCAGUGGCAUGACGGAGAGAAGGAACCGGAGCACCUCCGAGGGUCCAGCAGUAGUGCUGAAUCUGUGUAAGCUGUCUAGUUCAGUUGUGUAGCUUUAUAUUGCAACAAUUCUGGCUGUGUAUCUAAACUAAACACCUCCUUGCUUGUAAAAAAUUAAGUAUGGCUUGUUUUGAUUUUUGCGGGUCUUAGUCCUGUCUAAUGUUAUUAUCUCGAAUGUUAACAAUGAAAUGGCAGAGUAGAAAGACUCAUGCUUCUUUGCUUCAGCUA